AUGGACAAGGCAAAAAUCAACUUUCUUUUGGAAGGAGAAGUCCUAGUCAAAGGAAAGACUUUUGGUCUUUGGUAACCUAAAAAAUACAUCAUUGACCAAGAACUUAGAAUAUUUUCGAUCAAAAGUUCAAAAUAAAAUAAAAAUUACCAUCUUGCUAAUUAUCAAAUAGCAAAUGUAGAAAGAAAAAAUAAUAGAUUCUAAUUUGAAUUGGCUUCUACGAUUGGCGAAAAGAACAUACUUAUGGGAUCCGAUAAUGAAAAAUUUGCCAAUGAACUUAUGUUGUUCCUGAAAAAAAUGUGUGGAUAGUAACUGCGAACUCAAAGUUUAUUCGAACCCAGUUUAUCUUCUAAACCAACAUGUAUUAUAUAUUUAAUUUAAUCCACAGCCUCACUUCGAGAAUACGAUUAUGAAAUGCCACAAUUCUUUGAAAUGCCAGAAAUUAGAGAUGCGAUUCAAACUAUCAGAUCAAAAUCCUACCAAUUGGAAUAGUACGAACUCAUCCAAAAUCAAGUAGUGAAGAUUUAUCGCAAUAAGAACAAUUAACUCAAUUUCAAAGUCUUCCUCACUUUCCCAGGAAAUUGCUUAACCAAAUGCUAAACGCAAUUGUUUCAGACUCAAUACGAUUGGAAUAUCCAUAAUCUUAAAGAAUACACUUAAAUUAAAGAAUUCAAAUCUGAUAAAUCCUAAAUGAUAACUGAAAUAAGAUUAAUCAAAAACUGGUUUUAGUUUAAAAGAGAAUUCACAUACUUAAGAUAUGCGGUGGAAUUUAAAAAAAAAGAAAACACUAAAAUUGUUAUUGAAAAAAAACUAGAUUAAAAAAUACAUUCAGGCACUGUUUCAGGACUAUUGAAAUUUGCUGUUUGGGGUCUAUUCUACGAAAACAAUCAAACCAACGUAGUCCUCUUCACCGAAUAGAGCUACAAUGGUUUAGCCUUUAUCGAAGAAGAUUCAAUACUCUCACAACAAUAUUUCCUGCAAUAUGAAAACAUAAUUAAACCCCAAAGACUAGACUUUGAUAAAUAAUCGAUGCAAGAUCAAGGCCAAGCCAUCAUUCCUAACAAUAGUCCUCAAAAUGAAUCCGCCCCUUCAAAGUUGAAAGCCCUACAGAGAAAAGACACUAAAUAAAAUUCCUUCAAAAUGGAAUAGCCUAUCGAUAUCCCCAAAUCAACAGUGCAAAAUCAAAACACUCAAUAACCCAUUCUUGGAUCCUCCCCAUAGUUGGGUCCAAAUUAGUAAAUACAAGUUACCUCACCCUAAUAAUUGCCACUGCCUUCUAAAGACAAAAACAUUCCCUAGAUUGCAAACUAAAAAGAAGAGGAUAAACAAGCAUAACAAUAGUAAAUCAAUAUGAAAAAAUCAGAUAAGUCAACUGAGUUGAAUUAAGUUCAAGCAAAAACUGACCAAAGCAAUCUUUCUUAAGGGGCAUUGGAAUAACUGAAACUAAAAAAAACAUCCAGUUCUUAAGAGUCAUCCUAAAUAAUAUCAUAAAAUAUCAUAUUUCAAUAACCAAAAAUAGAAGAUGACUGUGAAAAUGAUGAUAUCCAACCUGAAAAUGAGGGAUCUGAUGGAAAUAUUACUUAAUUUUAUGAUUGCGAAGAUGAUAUUGAUGCUAUGAAUGAUAAGUUAUUUAUUGGACAAUCAGAUCAAUAAGCUAAUACAUCUGAUUAAAGUGUGAUAGAGGUCAGAAAUUCUAUCACUUAAAGGUAACCUCAGAGUUAGAGUAAUUAAACUUAAAGUUAGAGCGAUACUAUUGAAAAUCUUGAAGAUUGGGUAGAAAAAAAGAUGUAGGCGUAUUUUAGUGGGAAAUUUUGUCAAAUCGCCAUAGACAUUGAACAUAUAUUGAAUCCAUUAGUACAAGACAUUAAUAAAAGAAAGUAUAUGAAAGAAUAGGAGGGAGGCCACUAUAUAUUUCGAAAGGAUUUCAUUAGAGACGAAAAGAAUGGUGGUCUGAAAUGUAUAAAUGAGGUUAAAGUGAAUGCAUAGAAGAGUGUGGUCAAAUUUUUAUUAGCUAGAAUAGGAACUUCACUUUUGAUGGGAAGAUCUCUAACUAGUAUAUCUAUGCCAGUAACUAUUUUCGAAUCCAGAUCUAAUACUGAGAGAGCUUGUAGUUCUUUGGCCUUUGCACCAGUGUUUUUGGAUGAAGCUGCUAUUUCGAAAGAUAAAUUCUUCAGGAUUAAAUAGUGUGCAGCAUUUUCUUUUGGAUUUAUCUUUUCAUAUUUAUCCAUGGAAAAACCCUUCAAUCCAAUUUUAGGAGAAACCUUCUAAGGCUACUUUGAUAAUUGUCCUAUAUAUUGUGAAUAAAUCAGUCAUCAUCCUCCAAUUUGCAUUAUUUAGUAUUAUGGCAGAAAAUACAAAAUUGAUGCUCGUCUAGAAUUAGUUGCUAAUUUUCAUUCGAAUUCUGUUGUUGGAAGAAAUGUUGGCGAAGUUAAAGUGAUAUUCGAAAACCCUCCCUAGGAAAUUAUUAUCUUAUUAGCACCUGGUUGUAUUUAUGGGACAACCUUUGGUGAUAAAUCAAUGGACUUUUUAGAGAAAUAGUUUCUAUUUGAUUUGAGUAAUAAAUUAAUUAUGGAAUGUGCAUUCAAACCGGAUAAGAAGUACUGUCAAUAUUUCAAUAUUGAAUACCUUCCUUACUCAGAUUAUGUAGCUGGGGGAGUCUGCGAAGUUACUGAUGCGGCUAUUGGAAGAUAUUUAAGGGAAGGCUAUAGAAAAUACAAGGGUCUUGAUUUGAAGACGGAAGUGAAAUCAAUCAAAAGCAUAAUUAAGGGAGUUUGGAACCAAGAAUUAAAGUUUGAUAAUCAAAAACUGAUAUCUAUCAUGAGUGAUUUUCCAAUCCAAUUAGAAUUGGCUUAAUAUCCGUUGCCAUCAGACGCCAAUUUCAGAAUGGAUGUUCUGAUGUGGAAAUUGAGAGAUUUUGAUUAAGCACAAUAAUGGAAAGAGAGACUUGAAAUAUUUCAAAGAUAAGAUAGAAAAUUGAGAGAAGCUCUAGGUCCAAAAAAGAAAAGAAAAUGAGUUUAUAAAUAGAAUUAAUUCUACUCUUCAAUAAAAUUGA